GCACGAUCGUCUCCUUCCUUUCGGCAACCUCCGCCAUUAAGAAGCUCUCGAGCACACUCACGGGAGCGAGCAAAGAAGCUCUGACACGCCACCAUACUCGACGCUACAGCUCAACCGCCGCUACUACAACUUUUCGCGGGAAAGCAUCGCGUCGGCCGCACCGGGCACCGGCUCAACGGCUUCGCUGCAGCCUUCGCGUGCACUCUUAAACGUCCCGUGCCCGGCUCCCACUGCACGCAGUAUGCAGCCGGCGAUGCAUGGUCGCGCACAGUAGCUACAGUUUCUGCUCUGCCUCUGGCCCGCGUCGUGCUCCAUGGAUCAUAUCAGUAUCAUCACCAAGCGCGCCACGGAGAGGGAAUGCAAUGCCAACGGGCAGCCGCCGCCGCUGCUCGACUCGCCGCUCCCCACGCCGCGGCGGUCGUGCGCCUCGGUCGACGCGUCGCGCGCGCGCUGCCGCCGCGGCGCGUCGCCGCUCCGGACGCAUGUGCCGUUCUCCUGGGAGAGCUCCCCGGGCGUGCCCAAGAAUAACGGCGGCAGAGACACGGACAAGAAGGCGACGGCGGCGAUGCCGCCGCCGCCGAGGCCACCGCCCGGGCGCCCGCAGCCGUGCCUCGCCAGGAACAGCUACUACGGCAACACGAGCGAGGCGAGCACCGACGACGACGACGACGACCGGUCCUUCUCCGACGCGCUGGACAGGAUCUCCUCGCCCGAGCGCACCGGCUCCUUCGACUGGAUCACGUCCAAGCGCUUCGAAGACAUCUUCGUCGGCCGCGCCACGAGCUUCGCCAAGGACCGGCCCCGCCACCCUCCCGCGGAAGCCGCCGACUUCUCGGCCUCGGGCAGGCAUCCGAGGCAGCCGCGUCGUGGCAGCACGCGCCGCGGCCACGGCGACGAGGACCGCCGGUGGACGCCUAGGCUGCUCAACGACAACGUCCCCAUGCAGCUGAUGCAGCGGAUCAGGAUGGACGCGGAGGCCGAGGAGAUGACCCCAAGAGCCUGCGGGCUCAUGGUGUUCUUCCCCUGGAGCGCGAAGCCGGCGGUGUGCGGGUUCAGGGGGAGCCUCGCGCCGGCGGCGACGCCUCGCCCCGGAGCCGACGCGCCCUCACCGCGUCCCCACAGCCGCAGGAUCACCACCACCACACUAGGCGACGUCAUAAAGGAAGAUAACGAAGCCACCGGCGGCGACUCGCGGCAGCCGCGCGGCGAGAAGAAGAGGGGCCGUGAGGACGCGCAGCAGAGCCGCCGGUGGGGCGUGUCGUCGUUGCUGGACACGAGCAAGAAGUACUGCACCGAUGCCCGGAAGGCUCUGAGCAAGCUCUCCAUUGGGCUCGGAGCGGACAGCGGCAGCCCGAGGGUUAGCAGCGAGGGGAGGAGCGGCAGGCUGCGCGACGGUUUCUCAUCAACGCCGGCGACGCCCGCGAAGCUGACGCAGCUGAAGGCUACCAGGAACUGAUGCGCCUGGACAGCAGCAAUUCUCUGCACAUAUAUGUGCGCAAGUUCGAUGCUCUGAUCUCCUGACAGCUAGAAUAAAUGGCUAAUUGUAAUCUUGGUAUGCAUUUAGUAGGUACUCGUCCUACUGUUUUGUGGUAAUCGUGUGAAGGAACUAUCGUUGUAGCCUGUAGCCUGCACAGUGCACGCAAUGUUUGCUGUCCCAACUGGUCUUGUACUUGUUAGAUUGAAAGUACAUUAUGUUUUCUGAAACUAGUGUCAGUGUGUAUAAUCUAUUUAAUUAGCAAUAUGAAGGCUAAGACUUAGAUGCUCAAAAGAAAAA